AUGAGCACAACAUGGACAAUUGGGAGUCAAAACCAAACCUCAGAACUAAAAAAUUACAGUCUCCCCGGCGUCAUCUCAUUCUUAGGCGAGCACUGUAAACAAAUAGAAAUCGAGCGCACCCAUUGGCUAGUCGAAAAAAAGCAGCUGACCGAAAGAAUCGCACAGCUGGAAGGCGAAAACAAAUCUCAAGACAACAUCGUCAAAGAUCUGACCAGAAGAAUAAAAAUGCUUGAAUAUUCUUUAAGACAAGAACGCAUAAAAUACGCAAAACUGACAGGAGGCCAUCACAGGGUAAAUUCAGAUGUGAUAACAAGCAUUUUAUCACGGGAUGACAAAAAUGGGGAAAAUUCUGGAAAUUCAUUGCCUAAGCGACGGACACGGGCACACAGACAGCUUUUAUCGAAAUAUUUACAAGAGCUAGGACUUGACGAUAUUUUUACUGGGGACUUGCCACCAAGGCCAUCUGCACAUCAUAGGCCUAGUAAAAGUUAUGGAAGCGGAAUUCAAGCUUUAAUUGAAGCCCCAGAGGUAGAAACUAAGCCAAUUCCGAAGCCAGACGUCAUAAAAAGCAAUUCUUUAACAGAAGAAAAAAUAAAAAGGUCAUGGGAAUUAAAAGCAACCCUAAAAUCGCAUAUGGAUGGUGUCAGAAGUGUAUAUUUCGCCCCGAAAAAUGGAAUUUUGGCGACUUCUUCUGAAGACUGUGUGAUCAAGCUGUGGGAUAUUUCAAAUUAUGAGACACUUAAUGAAAGCAGCUUUUUUGAGCCUUAUUUUACAUUAAGAGGCCAUAAAGGCCCAAUUUUUUGUAGUACCGGAAAUCAAAUAGGGAAUGAGCAGCUUUUGUAUACAGCAGGAAAAGAAGGGAACAUCAGGGUGUGGGAUUUAAGGCCACCUAGUGAAAUUGACACUUAUAACCCUGGGCCUGACAGAGGCUGCUGUGUAGGUGUAUGAGCAAGUCAUUCAGAACCUAUUUGGGAUUUGCAGCACCAUCCUUUAGAUAAUUUAUUACUAUCAGUAAGUUCUGAUGGUGUCACAAAGCUAUGGAAAACCAUGGAUACAAGAGCUUCUAUUGAAAACUGGGAACUAGGUAGGGCAAGCUCAAAUUUGCUUAAAAAUUACACAUUUCCUACCAAUGACGGUGACGAGUUCCACAUCCCAACUUGUUGUGCUUGGGUUAUGACAGAGCUAAACUCUUUCGUUGUAGGCUACACAAGCCCAUUUUUGAACAUUUUUGACAAGCAGACAGGAAAACCUACGAUCAUAAAAUUCGUAAAAGACCAGAAUGCACCAUCAGUGACAUAUCAGAUAAAUUCUAUAGUAACAGAUCCGAACCACAGCUUGGCAGUUUCAGGGCACGAAGACAAGCACUUAAGAUUUUUCGAUUUAAAUAGCUGCACUUGUGUAAAAGAUUUGGUAGGACAUACUGAAUCAGUCAGUUCUUUACUUAUGGACAAAUAUGGAAAUUAUGUGAUUUCUGGAGGACAUGACGGAAGUUUGAGGUUCUGGGAUAUGAGAAAUUAUCAAUGUUUGCAUGAAAUUCCUGCUCAUAGGAAGAAAUACGAUGAAGGGGUAUUUUCGAUUGCUCAGCAUCAAAAUUUGCCAAUUUUGGCCUCUGGAGGUGCUGAUUCUUUGGUCAAGUUUUAUCAUGCGUCUGAUGAUUAG